UUAACCACUUCCCGUGUCUGGCCCAUGUAUAUAAACGGCCGGACGGGAGCAUUGCAGGAGCGGGUGGCCGUUUAUAAACAUCCUCCUCUUGCCCCGCCUGUGCGCGCUCCCUGGGAGUGCGUGGCACCGCGAUCUGGUGCCCACUGUGUCCUCCGGAGGACAAAGCGGAACACCGAUCGCUGUACGGGACCUCUGUGUGAGGUCCUGAUCAUGUGAUCACUGAUUGGCCAAUCAGUGAUCACAUGAAUAGUAGUAAGCAAGAUGUCACUUCUGACAUCAUUGCUUACUACGUGUGAAAUCUGUGAAUGAUCACAGAUGCCACAUGGUACAGGGCUAUUCACAACAGCCUUGUACCAUGUGACAAGCUGUGACCAAUCACAGCUCACACAGUA